AUGCUAACCAAUCUUAAGAAAUGCGAGGAGCUUACCAGUACCACUUUGAACUGCUACACGACGUUGAAGAAGACAAUUAUCGAUAACACGGAGUCUUUUAUCAACCUGUCCACUUCAUGCAAACAACAAAUCGAUUCGGUUCAUUCCAUGGAAAAUUUUAUACGAAGACUCACUGACAACGACGAAUUUGUGAAAUUUAAUGCACAGGUUCACUCCGACACACUCAAAUGUAUUGAACUACUAACCAACGAGACGAAAGUUCUCCAAAAGGCACUUGAAGAUCUUAAACCCAACCAGAAGUCGUACGACUCGGUUCGCAAAGAAAUUUACAAAAAGGAGGCUAAAUAUGCCAAAGCGGGUAAAUCACUUGCCGAGAGUUCCACAUAUCAUAAAAAAACCGAAAAACGGGAUAAGGUAAAGGCUAUUGGAAUAACCAAGCAAGAAGAGUACAAUACUAAAAAGGAGAAUCUUGCGAAGAAUAUCUCAGUAAUCAUGUUCAAAGCCUACAACAACUACUUGGAAUGCACCGCCAACUACACGAGGUUCCUUGGGAAUGGGAUGAAUGAACAUGCUCAGUUUGCCUCUUCCAAUGUAUUCAGAGAGUAA